UUACCGUACAAUUACCAUAACUCAAUAAGGGGAAAAAUGUGAAUAGUUUUGGAUUAAAUUAAAAUGAGGGGGCUCGCUUUUUCUGCUUCCGGUCUGCUGCUCUCAGCGUCGCACGAGACACGUCUCCGGGGUCGAUCCAGAGGAGUCAAGAGGGGUGCAUCCUCCUCCUGGGGCAGAACCAGCAUGGACGCCCUAAAGGAGGGUCAUAAGAUGAGCCUGAGCUCAGGGAAAGUGGUGGCUCUGGCUGCAGGAUUCUCUGUGGGACUCACAGUGGGUUACAUCUUCUACCGUCGAAUCAGCAGCAAUGCAGGUGAAGACACGGACAAAGAAGUAUGUAAAAUGACCCUGCCUGUAGAAGUCUACAGAAACCUCUCCAGAUCCCAGGCCAAGUUUUUGGAAAUAGUGAACCACAAGAGUGGAGCUCAUGUGAGCGUUUUGUCAGAAUCUGCAGAGCCUGGAUGCGAGGCGGGCGUGCGUUUCCUGCUUCAAGGCUCAAAGGAGCAGGUCCUACUGGCCCACUGUGUCCUGAAGAACCUGAUCAGUGACUAUGAACCAGCAUCAGAGGUUCUGGAGGUUCCUCAGGUCUCUGUUGGACGCAUCAUAGGACGUGGUGGUGAAAGCCUGAAGCUGAUCACCAGGACCACAGGAGCCAAAGUGAUCUUUUCCAAAGAGAAGACCCCCAUCCCAGGGGCAAAAGGCAGCGUGACCAUCACGGGGACCAGACAGGAGGUGAAGCACGCCAAGGAGAUGAUUCUGGAUAAAGUCAGACAAGACACUUUGGUGAGGUCCAAGAUCUCACAGUCAUCAGCUCUUCGGCAGAAACGCGGUGGAAGCCAAAAGCCCGACCCUGCAGCGCUGGAGUCCCCGCGGGGUCUGAACAACAACGGCCCGGUCUUCCAGACUGAGAAGAUCUCUCCUCUUCAUGACUGUGGGGACAUGCAAGAACCAGAGGAGCAGAAAACCACAGACAGCAUGGCGGAGAGUCUCUCCACCGAGUCUCUCAAUGAAAUAUCCACGUUUGAAAUUCCCAGCCCAGACCUUAGCUUCCAGCCGGAUGAACACCUGGAGGUUUAUGUUUCUGCAUCGGAGAACCCAAACCACUUCUGGAUCCAGAUCCUGGGGGUUCGCUCCUACCAACUGGACAAGCUGACAGAGGAGAUGAACCGCUUCUACAGCGGGGCUAACCCCACAGAGCAGAGGGUGGAGACGGUUGUGGUGGGGGACAUUGUAGCAGCUCCAUACCAAGACCACUCAACGUGGAACAGAGCCAAGGUUCUGGGAGUCCUGGGCUCUGGACUGGUCGACCUCUACUAUGUAGACUUCGGGGACAAUGGGGAGCUGCCCAGAGACCGGCUGCGCCGCAUGAGGAGCGACUUCCUCAGCUUACCUUUCCAAGCUAUUGAGUGUACCUUAGCAGGAGUGAAGCCCAAAGGAGAGGUGUGGACAGAAGAGGCUCUGGAUGUCUUUGAACAGCUGACACACUGCGCCUCCUGGAGGCCGCUGCAGGCCAAACUCUGCAGUUACUCCCACUCUGAGAUCUCCUCCUGGCCCAGUGUUCAGCUCUAUGACAACAGUGACGGACAAGCUGUGGAUAUCGGCGAGGAGCUGAUACGUCUGGGUCAUGCAGUGAGCUACCAGGAGGUGCUGAACACGAGUGCUGAGGGGGACAAUCGUGGCUCUUUGCAGCAGAUGUUGGAUGAUGUCAUCGGAGCCUCGUCAGAGCUCAGCAUGUCCUGUAUCAGUUUAUCAGAUGCGGCCUCAUUCUCAGGAAGUGUUGAUGUUCCAGACGAUGAGCUGCUUUUAGACCAAAGCGACAAAUAAUGGUAAAAAAAAAGCAUCCUUGUAAGUUUAAUGUGUUUUGAUUAGCAUCUUCCAACAUAUUGAGCCCACCUUUUCUUAUAUCCACACAGCUACUGACUGUGCUUUACUUUCUGUUUUAUGUUGAAUAAACAAAUAUGUUAAAAUAAACAAUAUGUUUGUUGUUACUAUCUCAGAGAUAAAGUAUUGGGUUUUUCUUAUUGUUUAAAGAGCCUGUGAGUCAUAACAGCAAAAAUGCAAAUGUUAUUUUCUGGGUUUUUUGUUUGUUUGAAUAAACGAUGUUUCAAGCUG